AUGGAGCUUUGGGAGAGCCGGUUCAAGACCGUGGGGAGUCACACUGUCGAGGUUAGCAUCAUGGGCACGAGAGUUAUUUUCACAGAGGAUCAGGAGAACAUAAGGGCUGUGUUGGCGUCCCAGUUUCACGACUACGGCAAAGGAGAGUCCUUCCGCCAAGAUUGGAAGUCGUUCCUUGGUGAUAGUAUCUUCACUACCGAUGGUCAGCUCUGGCAUGCCUCUCGUCAGUUGAUUCGUCCUCAGUUCAUCAGGGGUAGAGUCUCGGAUUUGGACACCUUCGAACGUCAUGUAUCCCACAUGCUCGAGCAUAUACCUAGAGAUGGUGCUAUUGUUGACAUCUCAGACCUCUUUUACCGCUUCACCCUCGACUCUGCUACCGACUUCCUGCUCGGCCAUAGCGUCGACAGUCUUGGCAGCCCACAGGUUGAAUUUGCUCGUGCCUUCGCCGAUAUUCAGAAGCACAUGAGCGACAAGUCUAAGGCUGAUCCUUUAAGAUGGAUAUUCCCGGAGGGGAAGUACAGGAAGGACCUGAAGGUUCUCAACUCGUUCGUGGAGCCAUAUGUUGAACAGGCAUUGAGGAUGGGGCCGGAGGAGUUGAAGAGCAAGAAUGAAAAGAGUUACAACUUCCUUCACGCCCUGGCCGAAUUUACUAGGGAUAAGCAUAUGCUUAGGGAUCAGCUUGUUGCUGUUCUCCUUGCCGCUAGUGAUACCAUUGCUGCCACACUUAGCUGGACACUUUACGAGAUUGCUCGCCAACCAGAGAUCGUUCGGAAGCUUUGA